CACUACUCCAUUCUUUCCUCCCACACAACCCGGACAUCCAGGGACCCUCAGCCAUGAGGACCCUCACUCUCCUCACUGCCCUUCUCCUCCUGGCCUUCCAGGCCCGGGCUGAGACCCUGCAAGAGACCGCUGACCAGGUUCCCGCCCAGGGCCAGCCUGAGGUUGAGGACCAGGACCAGCCCGAGGAUGAGGACCAGGACGUGGCCGUCUCCUUCACUGGAGGGGAACGCUCCCCUCAAGGGGCUGCAGGCCUUCAGAGAGCAGCCAGAGAGGUCUGCUACUGCCGAGUCAAGUGCAGACUUACCAUCUUCAGCAAGUUUUCUGAGCGUCCCUCUGGAAGGUGUAAGGCCUAUGGCCACCGAUACAAGCUCUGCUGUAAGUGAGCCCUGUGGCCCGAGACCCCGAGCACGACCAGAUCCCACCGACGACCUGGACGGGCGCCUAAUGUUCGCACCCGCAUUUUGCUCCGUUGUCUCCCCGCAAUACACCUGAAGCACUCAA